AUGGAAAAUCAAAUCGAAACACCUGAAUAUAAUUUAGAAACCACAGAUGAUUGCAUGUCUGAUGAUGAUCAUAACACCUACGAAUUUGAUCUGUGCCCCAUUCCUAAUUUCGAAAACAAUGAUGACGAGAGUGACGAGGAAUACGAUGAUAAUGAAGAGGUUGGGGAUAACAAUGCAAAUCAGAAUGACGAAGAAUAUACGAUUGAUCCAUCAGAGUCACACAUUCAGAGAAACAUGUUAUCAACGUGCGUAAUUAUGUCUAACGAUAAUGGAGUUAUGCGGCGUUGUGGAAAUUUCGACGAGAAAAGUCAGCGGCAGAUUUCGAACCUUAUAGGCGCCUGGGAAGUUGACAGACAGGCAAUUGAAGAUAUAAAUAAUAAAGAGCAGUUGGGAAUAUGCCAAGCCCACUUUAUGUUUGAUUAUCGUACUUUACACCCGGUCGGAUUGAAACAGGAAAAAAAGCAUACUAAAGGCAAGAUUACUGGCCAUCGUUGUCUUUUUUGUAAAAAAUAUUAUCGUGUAUAUCUUCGCGGGAAUGAAUGUACAGCACAUUGCUGGUCCAUAUUGGAGAAAAUGACACUUAUUCCAUGCAUAGGUCAACACGAAUGUCCAGCCAUUGAGAGCAUUUCAACCCUUGUACAAAAAAUUACGGCACAACAGACAAACUCUCAACGAUGGCAGUACAUAUGUAAUAGCUGUUACGAAUCUCAAGGUGGACAUUUAUAUCAACAGCCAGGAUCAGGAAAUAAAAAUAAAAAAGCUACUUGUGUUGCAAAAAAGAAGCACGACAACGAUAAAUCUGAAACGCUUAAAAUUCUUGGAACUUGGCU